UGUAAGUACUACAAUGACUUAUUUAUUGUGAAAUAUUAUGUAAUUACAGGCUGGAUUCAUGCUGUGUUUACACCCGAAGAUACUCUAGUGUUCGGUGGGAACUUCUUGCAUAGUUUCGCUAUAGAAAGGCAACUAAGAAUUGCAGAUAUAGAAGAUGCAACCCAUGUACCAAUGAAGUUUCGGUAUCCAUUCUAUAUAGAGAUGUUAUGGUAUGUGCUCCAGCGCUAUGUCCACUGCGUAAUCGGUAAGAACCAUUUAGUGUGUGAUGAAGAUGGACAGCCUAUCAGUCCAAAUGAAUUCUUGCCAAAAAAAGAGAACAUUACAAUAAAUGCCAAACCUGCAAAUAAUGCAAGUGUGAUUUCAAGUUACAAAGGAGAAGCGGUUGACACUAAACUGUUGCAGUCAUAUGUCAAGUUAUCUCAUCCACAUGCUCCUCGAGUAACUAAUCCAAACGUAGACAUUCGAAAGUAUCCCAGUGUCAGUAGUAAAAAGAAUAAAAAUGGCAAAGAUGUAGAGUUGACUAUUAAGCAAGAAGGCAGGUCAAUUUCUCACGACAGAAAAUCUCCUGAUUGGUCCAUUAAUGAAGAAAUGUUGGAGAAAUCAAAAGGAAGCAAGAAACUAACGAAGUUUGAGCUUUCAGGGCUGAGGGCUAUCAUUCACCGGCUGGGGGCGGGGUUCCAUUAUUACGUGGAUGAUUGGCUUUUCCUCACUCCUUCACCCAAACCUCCAUUCUUUUACAGGAGGCUGCUUGGUUUGCCUGGAUGGUAA